GAGGAGGACCAGCAGCGAAAGCGGCAGAAGAAGCGGCGGCGGCACCGCGAGCGCAGCUUGUCAGAUGAGGAUGGGGAGGACAGCCAAAAGACACUGGUGGAGCUGCGCUCAGAGCAGGGGGUGGCCCGCGGCCAAAAUCUGCAACUAGAGAAGGACUAUUUACGGCUGACCGCUCUGCCAAGUGCCGUAGAUGUGCGGCCCCCGGAAGUGCUGCGGCAAGCGCUGGAGCUGGUGAAGCGGCGGUGGACAGAAGGGUGGGACUACAAGGAUUGUUGUAACCAGCUCAAGAGCAUCCGCCAGGACCUGACGGUGCAGCACAUCAGGACGGUGCUCACGGUGUACGAGACGCACGGGCGCAUCGCCAUCGAGGUGGGCGACUUUGCAGAGUACAGGCAGUGCCACAGCGUGCUGCAGCAGCUGUACGCAGACGGCGUGCCGGGCGAGCACAGAGAGUUCUGUGCUUAUGGGCUGCUGUAUGCGGCGGCCACGGGGCGGAACGUGCUGGCACAUGAGAUGACCGAGGCCUUCUCCAGCAGCGGCAGCAGGUUGAGCGCCAGCGGCGGCAGCAGCCUGGCCGGCGACCGGUUUGUGCGCCAUGCGCUGGCGGUGUGCCGCGCAUACCUCAACGGCGAUUUUGUGUUGUACAUGCGGAUGUACAAGGAUGCUCCACGGAUGACCCCCUACCUCAUGGACCUGCUGCUGGCGAAACUGAGAGUCAGGGCAUACCAAACCGUGCUCGCCGCCUUCAUCCCUUCUGUACCCCUGUCAGCAUUAGCCAACUGGUUUGGAUUUCAGCAGAAAAAGGAGGCAGCGGCCUUCCUGCGCGAGCGCGGGGCAGUGGUGGUGAGCGGGAGCUUGGACAUUAAGGAGUCACGAGCGGCACAGCAGCAGCAGCAGCAAGAGCAGCAACAAGAGCAGAAAUAG